AGGGCGGGGGCAAAACCGGAAGAGAAAUAGAAAAAAAGGAAGCAGUUACGGAUUGCAGCAGCGACGCCUCUGUCAGUCUAUCUUCUCGGCUCGCACACCUCAGACACAGCCAGGCAGCGGAGCGCUCCCCCCUCGAUUCCUUCGCUUCCUUCUAGAACCUUCCGCUCCCUCCGUUGCAACAGUAGCACAGAGCUUCCUCCUCCCCCACCCCCGAAGAUGACGACCAUGGAGAACGUGAUCGUGCUCGUGAACCGCAUCCAGCGUGCCUGCACCGUCCUCGGCGACCACGGCGGCGGGGACGCCGCCGCCUCCCUCCCUACCCUCUGGGAAGCGCUCCCGACGGUCGCCGUCGUCGGCGGUCAGAGUUCGGGGAAAUCAUCGGUGCUCGAGAGCAUCGUGGGGCGAGACUUCCUGCCUCGAGGAUCAGGGAUCGUGACGCGUAGGCCACUCGUCCUGCAGCUGCACAAGACAGAGGCCGGGGUGCAGGAGUAUGCCGAGUUCCUUCACAUGCCUAAGCGCCGCUUCACUGAUUUCUCUAUUGUGCGGAAGGAAAUCCAGGAUGAAACUGACAGGUUGACUGGAAAGACAAAGCAGAUAUCUCCAGUUCCAAUUCAUCUCAGCAUAUACUCUCCACAUGUGGUCAACUUAACAUUGAUUGAUCUGCCGGGCCUAACCAAAGUUGCAGUUGAGGGGCAGCCUGAAAGCAUUGUUCAAGAUAUCGAAAGCAUGGUGCGUUCAUAUGUUGAUAAGCCGAAUUGUAUUAUAUUGGCUAUAUCUCCUGCCAAUCAAGAUAUAGCGACAUCAGAUGCAAUCAAGCUUGCCCGGGAAGUGGAUCCAACUGGUGAGAGGACAUUUGGUGUGUUGACAAAGCUUGAUUUAAUGGACAAGGGAACAAAUGCACUUGACGUUCUUGAAGGAAGAGCUUACAGACUGCAGCAUCCCUGGGUUGGAAUUGUGAACCGUUCACAAGCAGAUAUCAACAAGAAUGUUGACAUGAUUAUUGCUAGGCGAAAAGAGCAGGAGUUCUUCGAUUCUAGUCCUGAAUAUUCUCAUCUUGCCAGCAGGAUGGGUUCAGAAUAUCUUGCUAAACUUCUUUCACAGCAUCUAGAGGCCGCGAUCAGAUCACGCAUUCCGAGCAUAACCUCUCUGAUAAACAAAACUAUUGAUGAGCUUGAAUCUGAGAUGGAUCACCUCGGUAGACCUAUUGCUUCUGAUGCUGGGGCUCAGUUGUACCUCAUCUUGGAGCUUUGCCGUGCAUUUGACAAAAUAUUUAAAGAACAUCUUGAUGGCGGCCGACCUGGCGGUGAUAGAAUUUAUGGGGUCUUUGAUAACCAACUCCCUUCUGCUCUGCGGAAGCUCCCAUUUGAUCGUCAUCUCUCCGUGCAAAAUGUGAAGCGGGUUGUUUCACAGGCAGAUGGUUAUCAGCCUCAUUUAAUUGCUCCUGAGCAAGGGUACCGUCGGCUGAUUGAAUCUUCUCUCAAUUAUUUUAGAGGACCAGCGGAAGCCUCUGUAGAUGCUGUGCAUUCUGUUUUGAAAGAGCUGGUGAGGAUAUCCAUUGGGGAGACACAGGAGUUAAAACGAUUUCCAUCUCUACAAACGGAGCUAGCUGCUGCAUGCUAUAAGGCCCUUGAGAGAUUCCGCGAAGAUGGCAGGAAAACUACUCUACGGCUGGUUGAUAUGGAGUCUGCAUAUUUGACUGUGGAGUUCUUCCGCAAGCUCCCACAGGAAGUUGAUAAGACUGGAACUGGAAAUCCCAGAAAUGCCAAUCCUCCUGCUCCUUCGGAUGAUCGUUACGCUGAUGCACAUUUCAGGAGGAUUGCUUCUAACGUGUCCUCAUACAUUGGCAUGGUAUCUGAAACGCUGAAGAAUACUAUCCCCAAGUCUGUUGUUCACUGUCAGGUCCGCGAAGCUAAGCGGUCCCUGCUUAACCAUUUCUAUACUCAAGUGGGCGGGAAAGAUGCUAAGCAACUUGCAGUACUCCUUGACGAGGAUCCUGCCCUCAUGGAACGCAGGCUGCAAUGCUUUAAGAGGCUUGAGCUGUACAAGUCUGCUCGGGACGAGAUUGAUGCCGUGUCGUGGACAAGAUGAAGGUAACGCAUGCCAUGCUUGUUAAUAUAUUCGCUUUCUCCAUUAGACACAUUGUAAUUCUACUAGUGCAGAAUUAGCAGCUAGCCAUUGUGCACACUGAUUGUCAAGUAUAGCAGACCGAGCACCUGUCUCGUAUCUUAGCCUGUUAAUAUCAGUAGUUGUGUGCUUGACUGCUUGUGUUGUAUCUAUGUCUCAACUCCCAACUGUUAUCAGGUGCAAAUUUCUGUCCUUAGUAACCCAUGUGCAAACUUGUAUGCACGAACGAUACCUGGAUUCUGUAGGAUGCACAUGCCGAUCUUCUUCCCAUGCUGUAGUUAGGUGUAGACUGCAGAACUGGGACUUCUAAUGUGAAAAUAAUGUUUUAUGCAACUUGUCAUUAGUCAAUCACAUUAUCACACUGUAGAAUAAUUUUUUGUUGGCUGCGAGCAUUACCAUGCGAUUUGGGGGUGGUCCACACUAACAUGUACGCAUUGCAUGAGACCCUUUCAAUAAACAAUACUGGCACUGCGUCUGAACAUUCUUGGCCUGCUGGACCUGCAAGACACGUCUGCCAUCUAUCUUAGUUCAAUUUGUUAGCGUUAUUGCUUGACAUUUUCCACAUCCGGGAUGAAUGACGCGUGCUGCGUGCGGUGCAGAAUCCGAAACAGGUCAGUCAACUCCCGCAUGAUCCUUGGUCAAUUUCACGAUACUUAUUUGCCCUGCUCGCGUUCUUUUCUGGUCAGUUGCGCGCUCUGUUGAUGUGACCCUUUUGGUCCGUCCGGGAAAUCGUCGCCUGCUGGCCAUGGAUUCACGCUUUCUAGAGGACGUGUGUUGCCCGCCGUGCGCCCUUCCAUGAGUUCCCCGCAUAGAACAGGUCGUCUUCUGGAACAGAAAGGCGAAGCGCGUGGCGAGCUGUCCUGAUUUUGACGAGUCCAUGCAUCUUCAGCAGAUUGGACUGGUCGCCAUAAGAACACGAAACUGUGAUUAGGAGGCAUACACGUCAUCUGCUAGUGUUUCCGGUGAAGUCAGUUGCCACCAUGACCUGCUAGGCAGAAAUAAAUAUGCCCCUAUUAAUCGGGCCUUGAUC